AUGCAGGCGCCAGUCGUUGUCCUGAACACCCAAAAUGGCCAACGUCAGACCGGGCGUCAAGCCCAACUCUCCAACAUCACCGCUGCAAAGACCGUCGCAGACAUCAUCCGAUCAUGUCUGGGUCCCAAGGCCAUGCUGAAGAUGCUGCUCGACCCGAUGGGCGGUAUCGUCCUGACCAACGACGGUCACGCCAUCCUCCGUGAGAUCGAGGUCGCACACCCCGCCGCCAAGAGCAUGAUCGAGCUUGCGCGGACGCAGGACGAAGAGGUCGGAGAUGGCACGACCACCGUCAUCAUCCUCGCUGGCGAGAUCCUCGCCCUAUCCAUACCGCAGCUGGAGCGGAAGAUCCAUCCGGUCAUCAUCAUCCAAGCCUUCAAACGUGCGCUCAACGACGCCAUCAAAGUCAUCCAGGACGUGUCGAUCCCCGUCGACAUCAACGACGACAAGGUGAUGCGCGGCAUCAUCUCCACCUCCAUCGGCACCAAGUUCUCCUCGAGGUAUUCCGACCUCAUGUGCAACCUCGCCCUCACCGCCGUGCGGACGGUCAGCCACGAUGCGGGGGGCGGCAAGAAAGAGGUCGACAUCAAACGGUACGCCCGGGUGGAGAAGGUCCCCGGCGGAGAGAUCGAGGACAGCGUGGUGUUGGACGGCGUCAUGCUCAACAAGGACAUCACCCACCCGAAGAUGCGGAGGAGGAUAGAGAACCCCCGCAUCGUCCUCCUCGACUGCACGCUGGAGUACAAGAAGGGCGAGUCCCAGACCAACAUCGAGAUCACCAAGGAGGAGGACUGGAACCGCAUCCUGCAGAUCGAGGAGGAGCAGGUCCGCGCCCUGUGCGACGCCAUCAUCGCCGUCAAGCCCGACCUGGUCAUCACCGAGAAGGGCGUCUCCGACCUCGCCCAGCACUUCCUCCUGAAGCACGACAUCACCGCCCUGCGCCGCGUCCGCAAGACCGACAACAACCGCAUCGCCCGCGCCACCGGCGCCACCAUCGUCAACAGCGUGCACGACCUCCGCGAGCAGGACGUCGGCACCGCCUGCGGCCUGUUCAACAUCGAGAAGAUCGGCGACGAGUACUUCACCUUCCUCACCAAGUGCCGCCAGCCCAAGGCCUGCACCAUCCUCCUGCGCGGGCCCAGCAAGGACAUCCUCAACGAGAUCGACCGCAACCUGCUCGACGCCAUGUCCGUCGCCCGCAACGUCGUCUUCCACCCCUUCCUCAGCCCCGGCGGCGGCGCCACCGAGAUGGCCGUCGCCGUCCGCCUGGCCCAGGCCGCCAAGGGCGUCGAGGGCGUCGCCCAGUGGCCCUACCGCGCCGUCGCCGACGCCUGCGAGGUCAUCCCCCGCACCCUGGUCGCCAACGCCGGCGCCUCGCCCAUCAAGGUCCUGACCCAGCUCCGCGCCCGCCACGCCGAGGGCCUCUCGACCUUCGGCGUCGACGGCGACGCCGGCAAGGUCGCCGACAUGAAGGACCUCGGCGUCUGGGAGCCCCAGGCCGUGAAGCUGCAGAGCAUCAAGACCGCCGUCGAGAGCGCCUGCCUGCUGCUCCGCGUCGACGACAUCGUCAGCGCCAAGAGCGCCCAGAGCGGCGGCGGGAACAUGGGCGGCGGCGGCGACGAUUGA